UUUGAAUGAAACUGACAGAGCACUGUACUUGCAAGUACUAAUCACAUCCUAGUAGUUACUACCUACCUAGGUGCACUCAGUGUGCAGUAGAUACUCGAGCUCUACUUAGCACAGCCCCGUAAUUGUUCAGUGUCUGUACGAAAGCUAAUCGUAGCAUGUCGUGACACGCCAAGUACUCCACAAGUAUUACAUGUACUAUGUAAUUACUGGUACCCUUCGUUUCAGGUCACAUCAAUGAUCCCUCAGGGCCUCAGGGCCUGAAAAGAAAAAAAGCGCGCCAAAGCCGACCCAAAGCUUUUUCGAUUUCAAUUCCUUGGCAAUCGCCAAAGUGUCCAGACUUCAAUGUUACUGUAUACAUCUUCAAGUACAGGGUAAUAGUUAGAGUGCCUGACUAACCAACUUACCUUACUCAACUCAAAUCGAACACGAACACAUUCCGAGUCGCCGAGUCCAUUUGUUUUUUUCUUUCCUUUUCUUGUCUGUCGGAAAAAACCAACAACAUCAUCACGAUGCUCUUCUCGACUACCGCCUUAUUGCUGGCAACCAGCUUCCUAAAUGCUGCGCUUGCCCAUAAUAUCCAACUACCAGCCCACGGUCGCGAAUGCUUCCACGAGGAGCUCCACAAGGACGAUGUCAUGACCGUCACUUUCCAGGCCGGUGACCGAGAAUUUGGCGGAGCCGGAAACCUCGAUGUUGAUUUUUGGAUCACGAAUCCAAUGGGCCAGCAUGAGACCUAUCAGCGAGCCAUCUCGAACGGCGACUUCUCCUUCACUGCCAAGCACGACGGCAAGUUUAUCUACUGCUUCGGCAACGAGCACUGGGGCUCCAACAGCAAGGAAGUUUCAUUCAACGUCCACGGCAUAGUCUACGUUUCCGAAGACGAAGCUCCCCAGGACCCCUUGGAAAAAGAGAUCAAGCAACUCUCCGAAUUAGUCGAACAGGUCCGAGAUGAGCAGUCGUACAUCGUCGUCCGCGAACGCACCCACCGCAACACCGCCGAAAGCACCAACAGCCGAGUCAAGUGGUGGAACUUGUUCGUCAUCGGCGUCGUCGUCGGCGAGUCUCUCUUCCAGGUCUGGUGGCUGCGAAGAUUCUUCGAAGUCAAGCGGGUGGUAUAAGACCGUGCGUGCGUGCGUGUCGAAAGAACAACAACAUCAGGUUUUUCGUUCGAUAUCCCAUUUUAUUCUUGUUUCUAGGUAGUCCGGCGUAUAUCUUUGGGCUGGCUGGCAUUGAGACGGUUAGAAUUCAAAAAGGGGGGGUUUGGGGGGGAGGGAAUAGGAGGGAAUUCAUGAUGUGAGAAACGUUUUGUACGUCGGUGCAUUUGUGGCAAUCAAUACCUAAUGAUGAAAAGAAACAACGUUGAACACCUUAAUCGUGGUUCGCGACUUGAGUGUGUCAUAUUUGAACCCGAGGCAUGUGUGUCGUGAACUUUUGACAAGCAAGCUUAAUGUAGAAUCAACGAAGACAAGUCACUCAUUUGCCUAGGUA